AGUAAAACAAAAUUUUGCAUGUGUGUGCGUGCAUCGUAAGUGGGGAGUUUGAUGGGACUAUAAAAAUUCGUGCGAAUGAAGAUUUCUGAGCAUUUUUCAGUGGAUUUUCCUCCUCGAAGUGUGUUCGUUUCCGUUUUGCAGUAACUUUUUGAGUUUCCCUUUUUGCGCUGUAAGUGCUUUCCUACGUGCUUCCCAUUUGUAAUUUGAAGAGAACUCGGCAUUAAAAAUGUCAGCUCGCGGUCCAGCUGAAGAUCAACUCAAGCUCUACAAGAAGAGCCAGAAGGGUGCUACGUCGACUGUAACGACAAAGCAUGGAGCCCCCAUUGGUGUUAGGUCUGCUGCUCAGACCGUGGGUCUCAAUGGGCCAAUUCUGCUGCAGGAUCACAACUUCCUCGAUGAGAUGUCCGCCUUUGAUCGUGAACGUAUCCCGGAGCGUGUUGUGCACGCCAAGGGUGCCGGUGCUUUUGGGUACUUUGAGGUGACACACGAUGAAAUUCAGAAGUACUGUGCCGCCAAGGUCUUUGAUACUGUUGGUAAGAGGACCCCAAUUGCGGUGCGUUUCUCCACGGUGGGUGGGGAGAGUGGAUCAGCGGACACAGUGCGUGAUCCACGUGGUUUCCCCAUUAAGUUCUACACUGAAGAUGGAAUUUGGGAUCUUGUUGGCAACAAUACACCAAUCUUCUUCAUUCGUGACCCCAUCCUCUUCCCCAGUUUCAUUCAUACGCAAAAGCGCAAUCCGCAGACGCAUCUCAAGGAUCCCGAUAUGUUUUGGGACUUUAUCAGUCUUCGACCGGAAACAACACACCAGACGGCCUUCUUGUUCUCCGACCGUGGUAUCCCUGAUGGGUAUCGCCACAUGAAUGGCUAUGGGUCGCACACAUUUAAGACAAUCAACAACAAAGGGGAGGCCUUCUAUGUGAAAUUCCACUACAAGACGGAUCAGGGAAUUAAGAAUUUGGAUCCCGUCAAGGCAAAUGAAUUGGCUGCCAAUGAUCCCGAUUACUCCAUUAGGGAUCUCUACAAUGCCAUUGCCAAGGGUGAUUACCCAAGUUGGACUUUCUACAUUCAGGUGAUGACCUUCGAGCAAGCUGAGAAAUUCCGCUUCAACCCAUUCGAUUUGACUAAGAUCUGGCCACAGGCUGAGUAUCCGUUGAUUAAGGUGGGCAAAAUGACGCUGGAUCGCAAUCCCAACAACUACUUUGCCGAAGUAGAGCAAAUUGCUUUCAGUCCAUCGCACUUUGUGCCCGGAAUUGAGGCAUCACCUGAUAAGAUGUUGCAGGGACGUCUCUUUGCCUACGCUGAUACCCAUCGUCAUCGUUUGGGUGCCAAUCAUCUCCAAUUGCCCGUCAAUUGUCCCUACCGCGUCAGCCCUAAGACCUACCAGCGCGAUGGCCCAAUGUGCUUCACUGAUAACCAAGGCGGUGCUCCCAAUUACUACCCCAACAGCUUUGCCGGUCCUGAUACAUGCCCACGUGCUCUGAAGCUCAAUCCACCCUACAAGAUUUGCGGGGAUGUGGCACGCUUUGAUUCGGGCGAGACGGAGGAUAACUAUGCUCAAGUCACGGACUUCUACAGGCGCGUCCUCGAUGCCCCGGCACGUGAACGCAUGGCACAGAAUAUUGCUGGACAUCUCUGUGCUGCCAGCCAAUUCAUCCAGGAGCGUGCUGUGAAGAACUUCUCACAGGUCGAUGCAAGCUUGGGCCAGAAGCUCACGGAGCUUCUCAACAUGUACGAACGCAAGAAGUGCUCCAACCUCUAAAUGAAAAAAAAAUGCCGAAGCAGCAGCAAAUCCAAUUUAAAUCUUGGAAAUCAGGUUACGGUGUCUUUUGCGUUACAUGAAAAUCUUUACUAUCUUUACUAUUGCGCAUUAUAAAAUACAUUUUAUAUUAAUAUAUUCCCUUCUAUCACCAAUUUGGUAUGCAAGAUUUUUGGGGAUUUUUCAAUUGUACGAAGUUUUUUUUUGUAAGGAAACAUUUUUGAGAGAGAUUCAAUAAAAAAAAUCAUUCCGAA